UAAAUUCUUAAUCAAGUCGCCGAGUAAUAAUCCCUUAGCUGUAAAUUUUAUUAAAUUCAAUUACGUUCAAGUCAGCCACAAUAGUUAUUUGUUUGUCGCUGAUAAAAAAAACUAAUUAAUUGACGCUUUAUAAUCUGGAAAUUUUCGAGUGGGAUAACAGUAAUCGAACAUGUGCAUAAUUUCGUGUUUACGGUGUUUCGAUAUGCACGCAUAACUGUUUUUGAAAAAUUAUUGUUUCAAAUAAUUAAAUUGGCAGCUUUACAAUUCGUAAUUAAUGUGUCAAUUCCUAAAGAAAUUUGUUGAUGGUGUGUGCAUAAAUGACUACAUCAUAAAUUAUGAAGUGAACAUUUAUGACUCAUUAAGUUUGUCCAAUAAAAAUUCUUUUCUUAAUAAAGUGAUUAUUGUAACCUGCCUGGUUAUAUUCUGUGGAGAAUAUGUCUAUGGUACCAGUACCAAGAGGACCAAUCAUAAAAUAGACACUAGAGAAGUCGUCUUUCCUGACUGUGUGGUAUUAUGUGUACCUGUCCCUUGUCCCUCUUCCAACCAUAAUGAAUCGACCUCAACAACUGGUAGGACCACUGAAAGUGGAGUGUCAAGCACCAGUGAAGCCCCUCAAGGAAGAAAGUUUACAACUUACCAUCUUAAAACUGAACACUUCAAAGAGUUGUCGAAAAAAUACGACGACCACCAUAAAACACGUGCCAAUUUGUCGCCACCCUGUAUAAGAAUAUGUGGAUGUGACGUAGGAGAAUGUCGUCCGAAUAUUGGCCCUUUUUAAAUGGAUUGUUUGAUGAAUUAAAAAUAUGAGCAUCGAGAAUUAUGUUCCUUAUUUUUGUACCCAGACUAACUGAGUCGAUUAAAUUA